AUGUAUAUCAGCUGCAUAAAUGCAAGCACUUUCCUUCUUUCUCUCUUUCUCUUCUACGACCAACCCUCACUAUUUUCUCAAGCUGCAUCCACCAUAUCACAAGGCGAAUCCAUCAGCGAUGGACAAACGCUCAUCUCAGCCAACGGUGUUGCCGAACUGGGCUUCUUCAGCCCUGGCAAUUCCACAAACCGCUACGUCGGAAUAUGGUACCACAAGAUCCCCAUGCAAACCGUUGUGUGGGUCGCCAACCGAGAAAGCCCGCUUACAGAUUCCUCUGGAGUUCUCACCAUUGAAUCCGAUGGAAAUCUCAAGAUUUUAGAUGGGACCCACAAAAUUAUAUGGUCUUCUAAUGUCUCAAUGACAUCGAACAACUCCAUCGCCAUGAUCAUGGACAAUGCGAAUCUCAUUCUCCAGAAGAGGGACUCCAAUGAUAAUUUGCAUAGUAUCUUGUGGCAGAGCUUCGACCAUCCCACUGACACAUUCCUACCUGGCAUGAAAGUUGGACUGGACCUACGAACGGGUGUGAAUCAGCUCACCAGAUCAUGGAUGACACCGAACGAUCCAUCUCCAGGGAAAUUCUCAUUUGGGAUGGACCCACAAGGACAGGGACAGAACGUGUUGUGGAAGGGGAUAAACAGACGGUGGAGAACCGGUCGAUGGGAUGGACAGAAGUUCCAAGGUGUUCCCCACAUGCGGCAGCAGUAUCUCUAUGGUUUUCGAUUAAGCAACGAAAAUGAAGAGGGGAAGAUAUAUUUCACAUACAAUAUGAUGAACGCCUCAGAUUUGAUGAGGUUCGUGACCACAUGGGAUGGAAGAGAAGAAGAAUUACAGUGGGAUGAAUAUAAGAUGGCUUGGAAUGUGAUAUGGAGAGAGCCCGUAAGCGAUUGUGAGAUGUAUGGCAAGUGUGGGAACUUUGGGUGGUGCACCGAAGCUGAUACACCUAUAUGUAGCUGUUUGAAGGGUUUUGAGCCAAGGUCUCUGGAGGAGUGGAGUAAUGGGAAUUGGACACGUGGGUGUGUUAGGAGGAGAAAGCUGGAAUGCGAGAAGGAUGGAUUUUUCAAGGUGCGUGGGGUGAAAUUACCUGAUUUGGCUGAUUGGGUUGUCCUGGAGAAUAAGAAAGCUUGUGAGGAGAGGUGUUUGAGGAACUGCUCUUGCACGGGGUAUGCGCACGUUAGUGGGAUUGGGUGUAUGAUGUGGUGGACGGAUUUAUUGGAUAUCCAACGGUUCAAUAAUGGUGGGAACGUGUUGUACGUGCGACUCUCCAGAUCUGAGCUAGGUGAGAAGAGUGGGAUAUUCAAAAUCGUUGUAGUAACUGUUUCAGGAGCUAUCUUUCUCAUCAUAUGUGCUUACAUUUUAUGGAGGUGUAUAGCAAAAAUAAAAGAUUGGUUAAAGAAGGGAAGAGAGGUAGAAAGAUUCCUGUUUAGUUUGGCCACAAGUGGAGAAAUUUCAACGGAUGAGAUUGCAUCACAUCAUGUAAAAGUCUCAGAGCUACCACUAAUUAAUUUCAGUUGUGUAGCAGCUGCUACAAGCAACUUCUCGGAUGCAAAUAAGCUUGGGCAAGGUGGAUUUGGUCCUGUUUACAAGGGAAUACUACGAGGAGGGCAGGAGGUAGCUGUGAAAAGACUAUCAAAGGGUUCCUUCCAAGGCCUGGAGGAGUUCGAAAAUGAAGUUAUUCUCAUUGCCAAACUCCAACAUAGGAACCUUGUUAGGCUUUUGGGUUGUUGCAUUCAAGGAGAAGAGAAGAUACUUCUUUAUGAAUACAUGCCCAACAAGAGUUUGGAUACAUUUCUAUUUGAUCCGAAGAAGAAAGUUUUGCUGGAUUGGGAGAAACGCUUCAACAUCAUCGAAGGCAUCGCACGAGGCCUACUCUAUCUUCACCGUGAUUCGAGGCUGCGGAUAAUUCAUCGAGAUCUCAAAGCCAGCAACAUUUUGUUGGAUGGUGAAAUGAACCCUAAAAUUUCAGAUUUUGGGAUGGCUAAGAUUUUUGGAGGAAAUCAGAAUCAAGCAAAUACCAACCGAGUGGUUGGGACAUAUGGCUACAUGUCUCCUGAGUAUGCAAUGGAAGGGCUUUUCUCUGUGAAGUCUGAUGUCUACAGCUUUGGGGUAUUACUGCUAGAGAUACUUAGUGGAAAGAAGAACACUAGCUUUCAUCAAUCUGGACAGUUUUUGAGCCUUUUAGGAUACGCAUGGAAUUUAUGGAAGGAAGACAAGGCGACGGAGCUGAUCGAUCCGUCCCUCAGCGAUUCUUAUUCGUCAUCCGAGGUGUUGAGAUGCAUAAACAUAGGGCUCCUGUGCGUGCAGGACAGCUCGGCGGAUAGGCCCACCAUGUCUUCGGUUGUUUUAAUGCUUGGAAGCGAAAUUGUAACUCAUCCAACACCCAAACAACCGACUUUCUCGAUAGCCAGAAGUAAUAGAGAAGCAGAAUCCAUGCAUGAUCCUCAGAAUUUUUCCACAAAUGAUGUAACCAUUACUGUGAUAAUUGGCCGGUAGGGUUCUGGAAGCCCGGAUAGAAGCUUGUGGCAUGUUUGGAUGCACUGUUCCAUUGAAUUGCAAU